AUGUAUAAUUUCCUACAAGAGCAUGUUUCUUCAAAAGUUUUUUAUGACCAAAAAGAGGGCAAAGUUGAACCAAAUAGAUGUAUUCUGAGACUUUCGCACACAAAUUUUGAUAUCUGUGGCUUUUCUUGUCUUCCAUUUGAUGCAGGAUUUGAGGCUGUAGGGAUAAUUGCAGCAGUUGGAGAUUCUAUCACUGACUUGAAAGUUGGUAUGCCUUGUGCAUUCAUGACUUUUGGAGGCUAUGCUGAAUUCUUAAUGUUUCCUUCAAAGCAUGCUCUUCCGGUGCCUAGACCAGAUCCUAAAGUUGUUACCAUGCUUACAUCGGGAUUGACAACCUCAAUUUCUCUAGAAAAGGUUGACUAA